AUGGAGAUUUAUGGAAAAUUGAUGAUCAUGCUUUUGGCGUUCAUGUUGGACGGAGCUCAUGCGAGUACACGGACUGACAGAUGCUAUAAUGAUAACCAAAGAACCUUGAAGUGUUUUAUAUCGUCUUCUCAUGGCUGUCACGCAGUCAGCAUGCAAGAGUUGUGCGGCAGCCGUGUGGACAAGAAAGACGCCUGGAGAUUGCGGUCACACGACGGCCUCGACGCCGCAACCACGGGGGACCGCUUGCAGCCCGAGUGCACAUUCGUGUUGCAGGCCCUGAGAACGAGCCAGGCUUUCCUAGUCUCUUUCGGGGAGUACUUCAUUUUACAAGAUGAAGCAUCAGAGAUCCCCACAGUGCCACCCGCCAACGGCACCAACUCCACUCAGUCAGACUUCACCCCCAUGGGCACGGGUUGCAACAGCUCCUACCUCCAAAUAUGGGACGGUGACGUCAUCAAUGACGUCAACCUCCUCCUGACAGUCUGUGGUACGGGGGACUCCGUGCUGGGUCUACCAUCCGAUGUGGUCGAGUCGCAGACUCAGUUUCUGACUGUCAGGCUGACCGUGCACCCGACGGCUACGGUCAAUGUUACCAUAGUAACCACCUCCUUCGAUUCAGGACCGUGUACCGAUGAGGUGACCGAAUUAAAGUGUCGCAAUGGUCUGUGCGUGCCCAGGACGGUCCGGUGUGAUAACGUCAAUAAUUGCGGUGAUAAUACGGAUCAGCUGGUCUCAUCACCAGCUAACUGCACUCUGGCAACAUUUGACGAACCUAUCGACUUUCCCUGGGAAAUCUUGCUAGCCGUGCUGGGAGCGAUUCUAACCGCUUUCCUUCUGUAUUGGCUGUUCUGGCGGCCAGGCUACAUCCCAUGGCGAGUGGCCUGCUGUCGGAAUCUACUCCGCGGAUGCUGUCAGGGAUGCUGCAAGGGGUGCUGCGAGAAAUGUGCCUGUCGACCAUACGGGAAACCCGCACCGUGUGAAAGUUGCUGCUGCUGCCACCGAAUUUGCGUGCCAAGAGGUUUUGGCGGGUGUUGCCACGGGGACGGGACUCGAAAUGUGACAAGUGGAGAUGCAGGGGGACGCACCAAAUCGGCUGGUCUUUUGGCGCAUGCGCAUUCAGAUAGUUAUGGCGGGAAACAGAGAAAUGGAAAACCAGGGGGACGAGCGGGUACCAGUUACUUGUGCUGUCCGUGCGGAGGGAAUGGUAACCAGGGAGGUCGGGAAGGGUUAGACGGGGAACAUGAGGAUCGGAACAUGUGGAAGGAUGGGAAUACUGCAUAUUGGGGCAACGGCGGAGAUGGGGGACACGUCCGCGAGAGCAGAUAAAUCAAAUUAUUUUUAAAAAACCGGUCGGUUGCAGUUUUCGAUCAAAACGAGAGAUAUAAAAAUCAAACAUUCUUAUGUGAAACUUACGAGUCCUUUAAUUGAAAACUGCUAAAGUGAAAAGAUACAUUGAAAAGACACAUAGGUUGUUGUCGAAAAUCAUCUGAAGCCAAAUUUAAAUUGCUCAACUCACAUCAUGGAGCGUUUAUAAAUACAACUUGACAUUCUCUGCAUAAUGUAUAUGUAUACGACUGACGUUGCAUAAGGUUGCAGACCAGUAAAUAAACUUCCAUAAAAUACUCAUAACUAUCCAAGGUGUUCGAGACACACCCAAAAACUAAAGCUUAUUUCAUCAUCUUUCAUUUUCUUUUCAAUUUAAUGACUUUUCGGAGAAAUUUUCAUCCUUAGAUGAUCACCCCUGAAAAUAGUCCUGAAGCCCAUCGCCAUGUUGAAAAACAAAGCAUAUACUCCAUUGCAAAAUAGAGCGCUUUAAAGGCCCCAAUUUCAUCCAAAUUGAA